ACAACCGCGACCAUCUCAGAGAGGUUGCCCUGUGCUCCCACAGCCCAACAGCAGCCGGCACCAGGCUCUUCCUACAAGCCUCGGGAGGAGAGCAAGAAGCCAGUUUCAAUAUUGGGGGAGGAGGUGGGGCAAAUACUGACAUCCGCCCCUACACAUGUGAAUGGGGCCCGAGCUCCGUCUCCUACGAGGGAGAUGGGAGGGGCGCAUUCCUAUCUCUAAUAAAAUAGGCUGGUUCUUCUAAAGCGAAGUGCCCCUUCUAUCGAACUCCUCGCCCGCGUCCACCCUCAGCCCCGUUCGUUCCCACGAAGGAGAAGCAGCCUCUCCAGUGCCAGGAGAGACGUCCAGAGCUCUCAGGAGGUUCAAGCCCAAGCUCCUCCCUCCGCGGUGCAAAGUGAGCAAGACUGAAACACCCCCUCCUGAGAAUGAGGUGGUCAGGACCAAGCUCCGCCCACCUCUCAAAGUGAGUUGGACGGCCGCCUCCCCACUUUCGCGAAGAUAGACCUGUCCGAGCUCCGCCCCCUCUUCUCGUAGUGAAGGACUUGGAUGGACACAACCACUCCCUGCCGUUUCGCUCGCUCCUAAUAGUAGUUCGGGAUACCCCGCUUAGUCUCCACUCUACAGGGAAAGGGGAGGAGUUUAGGAGGAAGUCUGUGAUACGCUGUUGGGCGCACGCGGAAGGCGGGGCAGUCGCAUAAUGAUGACGCCCUACUCUUGGAUCCGUUAAAAAAGGCUGAGGGGGGCCGCCCCCCCAUCGAACCUCCCCAACGCUUCGCUAAUGGCGCAGCCUAGGUGCUGCCUAGUUUGCCUCGCGCUCCUUCCGUUGUUUUCCUAUCCGUGAGCCAAGGAACGAAGGAGCGCGCGCCCAGAGUGACGGCCAGAGCGCCGGUGCAGUACGCGUUGUGGGGACACUGAGGUGGCGGCGGCGGCGGCGGCGGCCCCCAAGAGAAGGGGUAGAGAGAAGGGACAGGCAGCGCGGAUUGCAGGAUGGCGGAGAGCAGCGCCGUGUCAGACCCUCAGCAUGCUACCCGGCUUCUCCGCGCUCUGAGCUCGUUCCGAGAGGAGGCCCGUUUCUGUGACGCGCACCUGGUGCUGGAGGGUGAAGAGAUCCCGGUGCAGAAGAACAUCCUGGCGGCCGCCUCGCCCUACAUCCGGACAAAAUUAAACUAUAAUCCUCCAAAAGACGAUGGGUCAACUUAUAAAAUUGAACUUGAAGGAAUAUCAGUAAUGGUCAUGCGAGAGAUUCUGGAUUACAUCUUCAGCGGACAGAUAAGGCUAAAUGAAGAUACAAUCCAAGAUGUUGUUCAAGCAGCAGAUUUGUUGCUGUUGACAGACCUGAAAACUCUCUGCUGCGAAUUUUUGGAAGGUUGUAUUGCUGCUGAGAACUGCAUUGGCAUUCGAGAUUUUGCACUGCAUUAUUGUUUGCAUCAUGUACAUUAUCUUGCUACGGAAUACCUGGAGACUCAUUUCCGAGAUGUCAGCAGCACUGAAGAGUUCUUAGAACUAAAUCCUCAAAAGUUGAAAGAAGUGAUUUCUCUUGAGAAGUUAAAUGUUGGGAAUGAAAGAUACGUAUUCGAAGCAGUUAUUCGAUGGAUAUCCCAUGAUUCAGAAAUAAGAAAGGUCCACAUGAAGGAUGUUAUGUCAGCUCUAUGGGUUUCAGGGUUAGACUCCAGUUAUUUACGCGAACAGAUGUUGAGUGAACCAUUAGUACGAGAGAUCGUCAAAGAAUGUAGCAAUAUACCCCUCAGCCAACCACAACAAGGAGAAGCAAUGCUAGCAUCUUUCAAACCCAGGGGUUAUUCUGAAUGCAUAGUAACUGUUGGUGGUGAAGAAAGAGUUUCAAGGAAACCAACAGCAGUGAUGCGUUGUAUGUGCCCUCUUUAUGACCCUAAUAGGCAACUUUGGAUUGAACUGGCCUCAUUAAGUGUUCCAAGACUUAACCAUGGAGUACUCUCAGCAGAAGGAUUUUUGUUUGUAUUUGGGGGCCAAGAUGAAAAUAAAAAGAUCCUGAGUUCAGGUGAAAAAUAUGAUCCAGAUUCUAAUUCAUGGAGUGCAUUGCCACCAAUGAAUGAGGCAAGACAGAAUUUUGGAAUUGUGGAGAUAGAUGGAAUGCUGUAUGUUUUGGGUGGUGAUGAUGGUGAAAAAGAGCUGAUUUCCAUGGAAUGCUAUGAUAUAUAUUCUAAAACCUGGACAAAACAGCCUGAUUUGACCAUGGUUAGAAAGAUUGGCUGCUAUGCAGCAAUGAAAAAGAAAAUCUAUGCAAUGGGGGGCGGAUCAUAUGGAAAACUUUUUGAAUCUGUGGAGUGUUACGAUCCUAGGACUCAGCAAUGGACUGCUAUUUGUCCAUUAAAAGAAAGCAGAUUUGGGGCCGUGGCAUGUGGAGUUGCCUUAGAACUCUAUGUAUUUGGUGGAGUCAGAACUCGUGAAGAAGGUCAAAACAAUGAGAUGGUGACAUGCAAAUCAGAAUUCUACCAUGAUGAAUUUAAAAGAUGGAUUUAUCUUACUGACCAGAAUUUAUGCAUCCCAGCAAGUUCCUCUUUUGUUUAUGGAGCUGUUCCUAUUGGGGCCAGUAUCUAUGUGAUUGGAGAUCUUGAUACAGGUACCAACUAUGACUAUGUUCGUGAGUUUAAAAGAAGCACAGGCACUUGGCAUCACACUAAACCACUCUUUCCAUCAGACCUUCGUCGCACUGGCUGUGCUGCCUUGAGAAUUGCAAAUUGCAAGCUUUUUCGACUGCAGCUUAAGCAAGGCCUAUUCCGCAUCCGUGUUCCUUCUCCUUGAAGGCUCUCUUGGAAGUGGAAUAGAAGCAAGAACCUGACAUCGUGCACCAGAACCUAGCUUUAGAUAAGGCAGAACAGAGAGAACAACUAAAACUUAACUCUCUACACUGUGAUUUGGUAUGGUAACUCUCGGGGGUUUGUAAUGCUUAAAAGCAUGAGUUUUAGCUCUGUUGGGGGAGAAAGUGACUAUUCCAAAACAACCUUAGGUGAAUGAAUGAACUUUUAUAGUCAAAAGCUUGUGGACUGAUGAAGAAUCAUCAGUACCAAGAAACAGAAGGGAAAUGGGACUUAUAGAAUGUUAAAACUAAAACUAAAAUAUUAAGGUGCAUUUUCCCCAAAGGGAACUCCUUUUUACUAAGUCUGCUAUAUUAAAGUAGGUGGCUUUGGUAUACAGAAAAUCUGUAUGUAAACCAAUGUCUCUAAGCAUACAACAAAUGCUUCUCUACAGCAGUCGUGCCCAGCUCUGCCCACCAACUUAAGGUCUGUGCUUAUGCCUGAGAGAGUGAAUGUGGACCCAGGUCUAUUGGUUACUAGUGCUAUCAGGAGAAUCUAUAAAUAUAUAUAUAUUUAAACAUAUAUAUAUUAUGAUCAGUUGCAACUAAGGUAAUAAUAGAAUUCUAUCCUUUUAAGCACUCUAUCUGAAUAGUGUAAACAUUCAGUAUAUACAUGAUUCAGGAGGCAGCCCUCAUGAAUUUAAAGAAGCUGCUGACUUCUCUCAUAUGCUGAGAAGACUUGAAAUUAUGCUCCAUUAUCUUCCUCUGAAUAUGAACCCAGAUCUUCUCCAUCCCCAUAGUAGAUACAUAUGGUUGGGUUCUUUCUCCUUUGCUUACUCAUUUUUAUUUAUUUAUUUUUGUUUUACUUAGUUUUUAGCAACUAUUAGUAUAAUCAGGUUCUAGUCCCAGCAUAUAGAGAAUGAUGCCCCAUGCCUCAGGUUCUUCUUACAAUUACUUUCUGAGGUCUGUCCCACAGAGCUUAACCAGGGGCUAUUCUCUCCUCUCCUAAACCAAGACUGGGGCCCAGAGCCAUGCUAUCUCACAAAUGAUCUUGCUCCCUAUGGUCCUUUCAGUGACUGCAAACUACAACUGUCCUCUCUGCCCUGGAAUGCAAACCAGUAACUCCUUUCUCCUACAAAUGCCCCAUAGCCAGGAAUAUCCUAACUCCUCUGCUAUUGCAUUCAUCAGGUGUAUGCUAGCUCUUUCUCCCCCACAGUGGCAGCCUAGCCUAGGAGGUAUCUUCAGCAAAGUUGUGCUUUGCUUCCCUUGACAAUGGAAGGUCCUUCAAUCUUCUCCUACUCAGUUGUCAUACCCCGACACUGUGAGAUGAAAGUUUCUAAAUGGGGAUGCCUCCCAAUCCCAGCUGCUCUCAGGACUUGUUAUUUGUUGAUUCCACAGAGUUGGCUUGGAGGUGUUUGCUUCUCACUCAGGCUGAACCUCCACCCCUGGAGGAUGUGUCUUUCCUGGGGGUCUUCUUAAGUUGUCUUAGGAAAACAACUGCUUUACCCUGACUUUUGUUUAUUUCUGCUGCUCUACAUUCUCUCCAUUCCCUCUGAGGAAAUGUUCUGUUUUGGGGGGGUUUUUUGUGGAGGAAGUUUGGAGAGCUGAAAGUUUUUUUUGACUUAUUCUGCUAUCUUCCCAGAAUCCUCUCAAAGACUUGAAAUUAUGAACAUCUUUUAUGUGAUUUUUAUUUCUGGGCUAACCUAUUUGGAGUUAUGAAGGAUCUUAGGAAAUAACCUUCUUCCAUCAUCAGUUAACCAAAACUCAUUGGUUUAAUAAGUCUGAAGAUUUUAAUAAGCAAGAAAAAUAUUGACAAAAAAGUUUUGUCAGAAAAACAAAAUGUAAGGCUGCUAGUUUUACUGUAAAGGAAACUGUCCAGGUAACAUAUCUUGGAUUUAAAAACAUGUUUUUAAGGAAAUCUUUAUUCUAAAGCACAUGAAAUCUUGUUUACUACUGUUUGAUUUGAACACUAUUUAGAAAGCAUUUUUGUCUAAUCAGUAGACUCUUUCCAAUAUUGUUCACCAAUAAGACUUCUUAAUCAAACUAUGGUAGUAUGAGUAAAGAUUGGCUGGUAGAAUAAACUACCUACCUCAACUUAAUUUUAUUUUGUCAGUAAUAUAACAAACUAAGCUUACAUAUCAUGGUUGGGGAAAAAACAAAUCCUCUUCCUUUUCUCUCCUUCCCUUCCUCAAAACCUCAACUCUUCCCUAGCAAAAAAGACUUCAUUUUAGCAGAACCUUUAUUUUAAAAUACUCUGUUUUUCACUCUUAACUCUUCAUAAUCUGAACUUUAUGCAAUAUCAAACUUUCUGGCCAGCUUGAUAUGCUUAGUUUUUAUUAAUUUUUUACUACUUAUUUUUCUUAGUAUAUAUGGUUGCAAAUUCUGCUAGUGUCAGAUCUAAUUAGCAGGAUCUAUCUCAACAUUUAAUAAAUGGUAAGCUUUGGUUAUAAGCAAGGGUUUCUUGUAGAAACUUUUUGUGUGGAAUAUUUAUAUGCUGUCAUCAUGCAUAUAAAAAAUUUUCCAUCAUGUUUAUCUACCAACUAGCAAAAAGUAAAAGGUGAUUGAUGUGCUUUUUUUUCCUCCUCUCAUGCCUGUCAGAAGAUAACACAGUUUUACUGAAAUGGAUUCAAGUAUAUGUACUUUCUGACCAGAUGUGCACUAUAAAGACUGUGCCAAAAGAAUCCUGAAGAAGGCUGUGUAUAGCACAGUAUCUUUCCCUUCUGGCCCUGAGAUGUUUGUGUGUGAAGUUACCAGGUUUUGUAUUUCACACUGGAAAUUUAUAUGCUGCACUAAAGCCAUUGGGCUGGCUUUGCUUGACAAUAAUGUUAGAUAAUUGUUUAAAUUAAACCAGGUUUUUUUCCUCUUGGUGUAUCCCAACACCAGUUGUUUUGUGCAAAUUUUCAUAAUGAUGUUAUCUUUUAAUCAAAGCAAGUCAACAAUGAAGACACAUUUCAAGUAAAGCCAAGAAGAUGCCACAGUGAAGGAAUAGAAAAUACUUUUAAAAUUAGGUACUAGUUACAGAAGAAAAAAAAAUCUCCAAAGAUGAUGUCCAGGCUGCAAUAUCUUGUGCCAGGUGCUUUCUCACCUAGAAUUGCAGUAUUUGGCAAAUGUUCAAAAUAAUAGCUGAGAUUUGUUUGAAAGGAGACUUUGGUAUCUUUGUUAAAGCCACUGUUUAUUUUAUGUAUGUGUGUGAUUUUUGUCAAAAUUUUAUAAUGCUUCUCCAAAUAAUGGUAGGAAUAUUAAUAGCAGCUCAUACUUGAGGGGAAGAAUCUCUUCAAAAAAGAAAAUUCACAGGAUUUUUUUUUUGGUUAAUAGAUUCCUACUUGAAAUAUUUCUAUACCUAUGUAAUUCGGUAAAUUAAUCUUAAUAAAAUGAUUUUUUAAAAAAUCAGCUUAUGAUGUAGCUACCCAAAUUAUAUAAUGUUUGUGAAAUAGACUUGCUAUAUGAUCAAGUAUGCAAUAACCAACAAAAGCUGCUAAGUGCCAAACUAUUAUUUUAAAUUGUAUAUGUUAUUUUAACUUUGUAUAUAAGUAUUACAAAAAUCUUAUGUUGAAGUGCAGGGAUGUAUUUAAUAUCAUCAUGUUCUAAAAUAAAUAGUGGAUUUUUUUUUUGUUUUAAAAUUAGAACUACUUCAGUAUUGGAAAAUAAUUUUAACUUAUUUUAUGCAGAUUUAUGUUCAAUACUCCACUUAUGCCUUGAAAUAACGAUAUAUUGUGAUGAAUGCAUUUUUCAAACUCCUUUUCAUUAGGGUACUUCUCCCAAUCAUGUAUAUAGUGAUUGGCAGCUGAUAAUAGGUCUUAAAAUUUUAAAUAUAAACACCUUCGGGUAAAAGUGCAAUUCAUAUUCACAAUCUCACCUAUAGGAGAGUUAUCUCAGGUUGUCAGAGCAAGUGGAAGUAUUAAAUGUCUCUCUUUUAUACUAUGGUA